CACAAUUCCUUCACUUUCAAGACACAAUCCCAAGUACCCGCAAUGUCAGCUACUGUGCCCAAGUCCAACCUACCCCAACCCACCUCCGAGAACAUCUUGCACCUAUACCCAGACGUCCAACCGCUGGACGUCUCAGCCAACAAGGCCCUCGCAUCCGCCACGCGCACCGGGGACCCGCCACCAAGCCAAGAUGCAUUGAUGGAGGAAAUCUGCAUCGUUGUCGACGAGGAAGAUAGGGAAAUCGGCAUGGCCAGCAAGAGAGUCUGCCACCAACUCGCCAACAUCGACCGCGGCCUCCUCCAUCGAGCCUUUUCCGUUCUCCUAUUCGACACCCAGAACCGCCUCCUGAUCCACCAGCGCGCCAGCCACAAGAUCACCCUGCCCAACCAGUGGACCAACACGUGCUGCUCCCACCCGCUGGCAGUCGCGACGGAAACCGGCGGCAUCGCGGGAUCCCGGCGCGCGGCGCAGCGCAAGCUCCAGCACGAGCUGGGCGUCACCCCGGACGACGUCGCGCUCGGGUCGUUGCAUUUCGCCACGCGGAUGCACUACCGGUGCCUUGGUGACGCGCGCUGGGGAGAGCAUGAG